AGAAAAAAAACUAUUACUGCAGAUUACGAACACUGCUUCACGGUGAAGCACCUAAGCCACUUCUCCACCCUAGACGUCCUCUUGAAACCCUACUACCGCACCACACUUCCCCCUCUCAAGUUAUCUCUCUCUCGAUUUACAUUCCAGAGAUAGAAGAAGAAAGAGAGCAAUGACAGCAACAACAGAGAGCGAGAAGAAGAAGCGAGAAGAAGAAGAGGAACCAGAACAAGUUGUGAACCCAUGGGAAGUUUCAGCCAAAGGUAAAAUCGAUUACGACAAACUCAUAGAUCGUUUCGGUUGCCAGAAGCUCGACGAAGCCCUAAUUUCGCGUCUCGAGCAACUCACCUCUCGCACUCCUCACGUCUUUCUACGACGCGGCGUUUUCUUCGCCCACCGCGAUUUCGCGGAGAUUCUGGACGCGUACGAGAGGGGCGACAAGUUCUACUUGUACACCGGACGCGGACCUUCCUCCGAAGCGUUGCAUUUGGGACACUUGAUUCCGUUCAUGUUCACUAAGUAUUUGCAAGAUGUGUUUAAGGUUCCUCUGGUUAUACAGCUCACUGAUGAUGAGAAGUUCUUCUGGAAAAAUCUUACUAUAGAAGAGUGCAGAAGACUUGCAAGGGAGAAUGCAAAGGACAUCAUUGCUUGUGGUUUUGACAUUUCAAAGACGUUCAUCUUCUCUGAUUUCAAUUAUGUUGGCGGUUCCUUCUACAAGAACAUGUGUGAGGUUGGAAAGCGUGUGACUUAUAACCAGGCUGUUGGCAUCUUUGGUUUCGCUGGGGAAGAUCAUAUUGGAAAAGUUAGUUUUCCACCUGUGCAGGCAGUUCCAUCAUUUCCUAGUUCAUUUCCUCACCUAUUUUCUGGAAAAGAGAAUCUUCCUUGUUUAAUUCCUUGUGCAAUUGACCAGGAUCCAUAUUUUAGAAUGACACGUGAUGUUGCUCCUAAAAUGGGUUUCCACAAGCCAGCCUUGAUUGAAUCAUUAUUCUUCCCAGCAUUACAGGGAGAAACAGGAAAAAUGUCUGCCAGUGAUCCCAAUUCUGCAAUAUAUGUGACCGAUUCUGCAAAAGAUAUAAAGAACAAGGUAAACAAACAUGCAUUUUCUGGUGGGCAAGAUUCUAUAGAGAAACAUAGGCAAUUAGGGGCUAAUCUUGAGGUAGAUAUACCAGUCAAAUACCUUACUUUUUUCUUAGAAGAUGAUGAUGAACUUGAACACAUAAAGAAGGAAUAUGGAGAAGGACGCAUGUUAACUGGCGAGGUAAAGCAGCGGCUAGUUCAAGUUUUGACUGAACUAGUGGAGAGGCAUCGUAGGGCUCGGGCUUCUGUGACUGAAGAGAUGGUGGAUGCAUUUAUGGCUAUCAGACCACUUCCCCACAUGUUUAGCUGAAGUUAUCAUACUUUUGUCUGCCCCAAUAUUGCGAUCACCAGAUAACUGGAUUGUCAAUUAGAAUUGCUAGACGAUUGAAAAGAGCCAGUGAAUAUUUGAAUUUGGAGUCACGUCUACAUUGCAAUUUUGUGAUUGGCAAUGUAUUCGGAACUUAAUAUAUUCUCACUAGUAAACAAUUAAGUUGAUUUAUCUCGCAGACUUGCAACUCCGUUGUGUAACUUGUGUUAUAAAUGAGGGAAUUAUUUAUCAUGUAUAAAUUUUACAA